GCAUUUGAAAGGGAUUUUUAUUCUAUUACAGAGCAUUGCAAAUACCAGCAAGAAUGAUUAAGAAAACGUCCUCAUGCGAAAACGAGUUUGACAUACCGGCCAAGAACUGCCACAGGAUGGUCAUUCUGGGCUCCACAAAAGUUGGAAAGACCGCUAUCAUCUCUCGGUUUCUCAACGAAAGAUUUGACGAACACUAUACACCUACAAUUGAGGACUUUCACAGAAAAUUCUACAGUAUCCGAGGACACGUUUAUCAACUGGAUAUUUUGGACACGUCUGGAAAUCACCCAUUUCCAGCAAUGCGCAGACUUUCAAUUCUUACUGGUGAUGUGUUCAUCUUAGUGUUCAGCCUGGACAACAGGGACUCGUUCCAGGAGGUGCAGCGUCUGAAGCGCCAAAUCCACGAGACCAAAUCUUGCCUGCGAAACAAAACCAAAGAGAACGUGGAUGUCCCACUGGUCAUCUGCGGCAACAAGUGUGACAGAGACUUUUACCGUGAAAUCCAGGAGGAAGAAAUCGAGCAGCUUGUUGGUGGAGACGAGCACUGUCCGUACUUUGAAAUCUCGGCAAAGAAAAACAUCAAUGUGGACCAAAUGUUUCAAACUCUCUUUACAAUGGCCAAACUUCCCAACGAAAUGAGCCCCGACCGUCACUGCAAAGUUACGCUGCAAUACUGCGAGGUGCUACACAGAAAAUCGUUCAGGAGCAAGAAGUGCAAAGAUGGGAACGCGUAUGGCAUUGUGGCACCGUUUGCGCGCAGACCCAGCGUGCACAGUGACUUGAUGUACAUAAAAGAGAAAGCCGUAGGCGGCAGCCAAACUAAAGAAAGGGGCUGCACCAUUUGUUGA